AUGUCCAGCGUUGAAGAGGUUUCCGACGCGCUCAACGGUCCAUUGGUGUUCCGGCCUCCCGGAUACAAGGCGCCGAAACGCCGACACCGGUUUCUGCGGCAGAUCAUCAACGACGAGGCCAAACGGGUCCAGCUCAAGCAGCAGCAAGCCCACGACCCAACACUCAUCACGUACCAGUCGCUGGCGGCCCCUCCGUCGCUCAAGCCCAUCAAGACCUACUGCGACAUCACCGGACUGCCCACAAACUACAAGUCGCCUCAUAAUCAAUUACGGUACUAUGACAAAGAAUGCUACGACAUCGUGAAACACAUGGCCCCUGGCGUGGACCAGCAGUACCUGGCACUGCGGAGCGCUAAUGUGGUUCUGAAGUAG